AUGUUACAAGACAAAAAAAUAUUCUCCACCGUGGGUUGGGCGUCACUAAAGAUAUUUCACUUCUCUGAAACUUCUGAAACGGCUAUCUACCAAAAAAAUGGGGACAUUCCUCCUCAUUUUCUCUCACUUCCCCUUUCCACUUUCAGCGCAAUUCAUGUAUGCCAACCACAAAUAAGUACAAAACUUGCAGCACCCAUUAUCUACCCAUUAUCUAAAGAUUUGAUAUUUUUGAUGUAUAAAUACAUUUGCUUUGUGGCGACAACACGCAUAGGUUCGAUCCAAUGUCAAACUGGUAAUGCAAUUGGCGCAGGAAAGGUAGCAUUAGUAAUGACAGAUGGUAGACAAACUGAAGAUGCACCAGGAGCAAUUAAACUUGAUGUAGCGUCAAGACCUUUGAAAGCAAAAGGCGUGCAUAUGUAUGCUUUAGCAAUUGGCAAACGCUAUCAUAUUGGUCAAUUAAUUGACAUUGCUUCUACUGACCUCAGCAUUUUCAGAUCAAGAACUUUUGAUGGGCUUUUAAAGAUUGUUGCGAACAUUUCAAAACGGAUUUGCGAAGAACUUAAGAAGUUGUCUAGGAGUUCGCAUACAUUUAAAAAAAAUCUUGAACGGUCCUUAAGUUCCCCAAACUAUGCACAACAUCAUGAACAUCUCUUGAGAGGUGUUACUUUUCUCAAAGACUCCAAACAAAUUUUAAAGGUCUUCCAUAUGAGCUCAACUUGUUUAUUUAUUGCGGAAGCAAAAAAACACCAUCCGCCCCCACCCAGCACCACAACUACAACGACUACUACUACGACGCCAACAACUCCUACCACGACGCCAACAACUACUACUACGACGCCAACAACUACUCCUACGUCACCAACAACUACUACCACGACACCAACAACUACUACAACGACGCCAACAACUACUACUACCACGCCAACAACUACUACAACGACGCCAACAACUACUACCACGACGCCAACAACUACUACUACGACGCCAACAACUACUACUACGACGCCAACAACUACUACGACGAGGCCAACGACUUCUACAACCACAACAGAAUCCACAACAACUGAAGAAACAACAACACCGACAACAACAGAAUCCACAACAACUGAAGAAACAACAACACCGACAACAACAGAAUCCACAACUACCGAAGAAACGACUACGACAACGACAGAAUCAACGACAACAGAAUCCACGACGACUGAAGAAACAACAACACCGCUACCAAUAACUUCGACAACAACAGAAUCAACACCGACAGAGUCCACAACGACUGAAAAAACAACGGCAACAGCAACGUCAACUGCGACGCCAACACAAUAUACGAUCACUAUCAAAACAACAACGUCGAAUAUCACAACACCUGUAAUAACGACACCUAACCCAACAACAGAAGAUGUAUCAACGACACCGGAACCUUCUACCACUACAACUACGCCAUAUUGUCCACCAAUAUGUCCUCCUACUUGUCAAACUGGCGGAUGUAUCAACUGUUGCGCUCCUCAAGGUUCUGUUUACACUGGCGCUCAAACGUGUCCUCAAGGAUGUCAUCCAGGUUACCAUAUACCGUGCAAUAAUGGAAAUUGCAAUCAACAGUGUCCUCAGUCAUGUGCAGUGCAUUGCUCUCCAUCUUGCAAACGGCGUUGUUGCAAACGACGAAAAUUUACCGACUGAGCAAAGAUAGAUA